UCUGGCCCAGCCCAACCACGAGCCUCUCGGUCCAUCCAUCCCAGGCCACAUCUGGUUGCUUCGGCUCUCCCUCCCACCACCGUCCUCGGCUCCCCGGAGAUCCCGCCGUCGCCGUCUCCGUCGCCGUCGCCGCCACCGGCCCGUGUUGGUGCCGCCUCGGCUGGCUCUUGCAACUUGGAAGGGCUGGUAACACCGCCCCUGCCGCCUCCUCCCUCCCCGCCAGUCCCCGCGCCCGCGGCAAGCGCUCCUCGGCGCCCCUCCUCCUGCCGUCGGAUCCCCUCGCCGUAGCAGCUGCUUGGCGGUGGACAGGGCAAGAUGUCUGGCAAUCCUGCAGGUGUGGAUAACACUUUCCGUAGGAAAUUUGAUAAGGAGGAGUACUUGGAGCGAGCUCGACAGAGAGAGCGGGAUGAGAAGGAUGAAGCCCGGAGAGGCAAGGACAGGGGCCCUCCUGUGCAAAGACAGCCUUUGAAGCAUAGGGAUUAUGAAGUUGAUCUUGAGUCUCGUCUUGGUAAAACCCAGGUGGUAACCCCAAUCGCACCUUUGAGUCAGCAGGCUGGAUACUACUGUUCAGUAUGUGAGUGUGUUGUUAAAGAUUCAGCCAACUAUUUGGAUCAUAUAAAUGGCAAGAAGCAUCAGCGAGCAUUGGGCAUGUCUAUGCGUGUUGAAAGGGCAUCACUCGAACAGGUUCAAAAACGGUUUGAGGCACUUAAGAAGAGGAAGGACCCAGCCAGCUUCAGUGAACAAGAUUUGGAUGAGAGAAUAUGGAAACAGCAGCAAGAGGAGGAGGAGAAGAAGCGUCAACGCAGAGAAAAGAAGAAAGAAAAGAAGAAAGAGCAGGCUGGCCAGAAUGAACCUGAGGACAUUGAUCCUGAUGUUGCUGCUAUGAUGGGCUUUGGCGGGUUCGGCACCUCAUCAAAGAAGUGAAAAUUGGUUCUUCAUUCCGUUGGUCUGUGGCUGGUGAAGACGUCGCCGUGACCCUGUGCACCUGGAUCUCAGCGUAGGUCAGGCACAGCUCUGAUGCAGAGCCGCAGUGCUGUGAUUAGUGUAGUACUGGAGCCUUGUUUGCAACCGCUACCUGAUAAUGUCAGCGAAAGGAUACUUGAUGCUGGAACAAUUCAGCUUCUGUAAUUUGUGACCGUGAUCAUUUGUGAGAAAUGAGACGACUAUUUCGUCUAGAUGCUGCUGUAUCAUUUGAGAGGCAUUUUAUCUUUGAGAAAUGAGAUAACUAAUUCGUUUA